AUGGAGUUUUUUCAAGAGUUGCAGAAGUGUCGAGUGCCCGUUCAUGCACGAAUAGGUUUCGCUCAGGCUGUUGCGAGCUUCUACAACUUCAUAAACGUUUACAUCGACGCUGCAGUAGCUCAAGCCCGCAGCCGCAUCUCACACGUGUUAGAAAGGCUACGCAAUGAGUUCAAAUCUCUCUCUUCCUACCGAGCGGUCAGACAAGCGCCAGCUAAGGAGCAUGAGCCCUACGUAGUCGGCCUUGCUUUAGCCACGCACAGGGACAUCUUGGCGACACUUCGAUGCAUUUACAGCAAAUUCGGAAGAACUGAAUCCAUAAGCAGACAGCAUUACAACUACUUCUUGGAGACGCCGAUGUUCUACAUUAUUCAAUGCAACAGCCCGCAACGAAGACAUGCUCAAACUGGCUUGCGACGCAUCGAAUUGGACGUGGAUGGUGGUAAAGAAGAACUUUUUGUAGAUGCUUAUCCACGCCCAAAGAGCCUCAAUCGAGUGCAUGAGGAAAGCACGUUCAGGAGAGGGUUUUUCGUGUUAGACAGAGAAUCGCUCUUCGCUCUUUCUGACGGACGUAUGCCACAGCUUACCUCUGGUCGGCUGUUAACCCCUCAGCAGGCUAUGUCGCGGUUGUCAGCGACUAUCCGCUCAUUUACUCCUCGAAGAACAUUGUGUGCGUUGCAAAUCAACUUCGCGAAAGCAGCCGAUCAAAAUGGCGGCGAGCAUUUUCACAGUCCUCUACCUGGACCUUCAAAAAGAUGCGCGAGCACUAUGUCCCCACGCGAUACGGACAAAGAUUUUGAGGCAGUAAUCAAAAUUGUGCAGAGAUUCCGAAAAGAACCACAAAAUUGGCCUGUCGAAGAACAGCCGUUUGGAAUAAUCGAACGCACUUUUGUGGGUACAACGAUGCAUCCUGUAGAGUUGCGUCCAGAAAGAGGCUUUGUCAACAUGGUCCCUAUCGGCUUCAUGAUGUUUCGCCAUUUUUUCAGGAAACUGCGAGCAAAGGGAAACUUUGAACUGUUCAAAUCCACAGGUAUAUUUGAUGAGGAGGAGGUACGGCAAGGAGCAAAACGUGUUUUUGAAGUAAUCAGUCAGCAUGCUACGAAGGACAAUAUGAACGAUUUGGUGAAGAACAAUGUUUGCGGUCAGGAACUCAUAGACCGAUUCGAAGGGGCUAGCAGUAAGAUGAGCCCAAAACAGCGAGAACUGCUUAAUCUUACCGAAAAGGAUAUCUAUGCCAUAGCUCCAGGUGUCCUAGGACCUUUUCAGCUGAUACGACCUGUAUCACGUAGUGGAUCGCCCUACAUCAGCUACAGCCUGUUGUGUUGCGCAUUCUAUAAGAAGCAGAUGCUUUUUAACGCAGUACGUAAUUUACCGCUAAUGGAGGAAGGCGAGAAAGUUGAGUUUGUCUCUAUACCACCUGACUACGGCUACGCUGCUCCUCGCUUGAUUUUUGGAUUUACUACGUUUGGUAAUAGAAUUAUUGGCAGGGGCAAGCCGUGUAGGCCAAGUGGUAAACUUGGACUUAUGGCUAAUGUAGCUGUUCAGUGCUCACGAUUACUGACUUCCUUGAACACUAGGAGGUCCACAAUAAUAGGAUGUGCUCACCUUUCAGCUCAGAGCGCAGAUGAUGCAGAAUUUGCUGACCUUUACAGUUUAGCUAAAGUAUGGAAUAGAGCUCCUCUUCGGACACAAAAUCGCUAUCCUGCUGAUCAGAAAGCCUUCUCUUUAACUCGUGAUUCCACGGAGACGACAGACAAAUACCAAAAUGACCUUUGCUUUAAAGAUGAGAACAACUUGGUCUUGACAAAGUUCAAAGGUAUGGAUUUAUGGACGAAAACGUUGGCAUAUCUUUAUUGGUUGAAAACAAAAUUCGUCGUACUCGGUGCUACACCUACAUUGCCUAUGAGUGAUGAAGAUCUAGUUAGAGGCGGUCAAAAAGUCUUUCGAACAAUUUUGGAUGCUGUAGUAGGAAGGAAUGUUGAGUCUUUAGCCCCGCUCAUGCUUCGCAGGUCAGCGUUAGAUUUGCAUAGGAAGAUGGCUUGGAAUUUAAAGGACAAGCAGAGAGAUGCUCUCAUGGUUACUGAUGCCGACUUUGUUGGGCAUAAUGGUUUUGUAUACAACUGGGAUGGAUUUGGAACAGAAAAAGGUACAUUAGCACGGAUGAUGCAUUCUGCGUCGAUUGUACCAAGAGAUGCAACGGGAGAGAUACUCGAUCACCCACAUUUUCGAUAUUCUAUAGUCUUAGCAGCAUUAUUACGAAAGAAUGAGUUAUAUAAAAUGGUACGACAAUUACCAUUCAACUUUGAAAAAGAGCGAAUGAUAUUGCGUAUGCCACCAAAUUAUGGUUUUGUAACUCCGCGCUAUGUUGUCAUGAAAAUCGAAAUGUGCCAUCAGGUGAUUAACAUACGACAUCCUUAUGCAAUAGUACUGGGUGAAGACGGAUUGAUAUACGACUUUCAUAUACAUUCAUUCUGAGAAGUGCCUAGCGCAUUCAGUAGUUAAGAACGUAAUCAGGAUAGAUCGAUAAAGAUUUCUAA